AUGUCUCACGUUCAGACCGAUCAGCGCCACUCUCUCGAGGGCAAGAACCUCAGCACACGUCAGACGGACUACACCGACCCGUCCUCCCAAUCGAACCAGGGUAUUAGGGAUGGUCGGCCCGAAGGUCGCCAGCCUGAGUCUGCCCCUAUCCAGGUGGACACAUAUGUUGACAACGAUGCAGCUGCUCCCCAACCUCCAGUCACCGCCUCGAGCACGCUCACUGGCGCGAAUUCUGCCGAGGUGUCAGAGACCAUUGGGAAACCAGGGCAAGGAAUGUCCAGCAAAGAGUUACGUCACGAUGGACAGCCAGGGCGGAAGCGCCAUGCAGAGGGUGUUGACCAGUUUGGCACCCAUGCACUCCCUUCGGAAGAGUCGGGUGUACAGUAA